GGCUGCAGGGUGCCAAAGCACUUGCUCCUGGGACAAGCUUCCAUGGGCUCUUAAAACUCCUGGUCACUUAACGCGACCACACCAACACCGACGCAUCAUAUCCCCUGACACAUACGCCACGACAUUGGCCCAACAUGGCUCAAAAAGCACGCAAAGACCGGGCCAAGUCCAACACGGCCGCUCUCAACAACCUCCACGUCGGGUCGCUAAUCGUCAAUGGCCUCUUUUUGCUGCUGCAUUUCGUCUUCAGGUCGCGCUCUCUCCUUCUCUGGUUCAUUCUCUCCCUGCCCAGCUUCAUCUGCCAGUUUACGCUGGAAAGGACUGGACGUCCGAGCUAUGACCCCGUCACGAACACCCUCAAGUCUUCUGGCGAGGACCUGGCCGCCCCGGGGCUCACCGAGUACAUGUUCGACGUCGUCUGGGUCACCUGGGCUGCGGCAAUCCUCGCGGCGCUCUUCGGCAACUGGGCGUGGCUUCUAUGGGGCGUGGUCCCUGCCUAUGGCGCCUACAAGGCCUUCGGCAUGAUGGGUGCGGCGAAGCAGAUGGCCCAGAUGGGCGCGAAUGCUCAGCCUCCCGUGGGAAAUCGGAAGCAGCGGCGAGCAGCCUAAGCCGUCGCAUUCUCAGUCAGGUUCAAC